AUGUCUUUCCUUCCUCGUUCGAUUUUCAGCGAGUUAGGAAGAACGAGAAGUGAUCUCUGUCGAGAUCUGGGGUACAAACGCGCCUUUGCGAGUCAUGCGACAUACACGCCACUGGCGUUUGUGUCAACCCGCUGGGGGCCGUGUAUCCCACAGACUUGCGUGACUGGUGCCAGGACAUUCCCGAAGGAACGCCUCCAACCUGAUGCGGCCGAGACACGUCGUGUGUCAGGACGCUGCCGCAAGGAUAUAUAUACAUAUCACUGGUACUCGGGCACGGAUUGCCUGGCGGUAGCACAAUUCGAUGUCUCAGCGGGUGCAUUAGGCACGGGCACAUCGCACACUAGACGUAUGUGGCCGGUGUGCCUCGGGUGCACCACCACGCUUAUAAACCUUCGUGCUAGUUGCAUUCUGGCCGCGGCACGAUUCUGCAGCAUUGCUAGUCACUUUACGCUCCAAACAACGACACAAGAACAGGAACGCAAGUUCUGCGCUGUAUGA